UUCCCGAGCAGCCCGAGAGUUUUAGCGAUGCCUGAGCCGGCCAAGUCCGCCCCAGCGCCCAAGAAGGGCUCCAAGAAAGCCGUCACCAAGACCCAGAAGAAGGGCGACAAGAAGCGCAAGAAGAGCCGCAAGGAGAGCUACUCCAUCUACGUGUACAAGGUGCUGAAGCAGGUGCACCCCGACACCGGCAUCUCGUCCAAGGCCAUGGGCAUCAUGAACUCCUUCGUCAACGACAUCUUCGAGCGCAUCGCCGGCGAGGCCUCGCGCCUGGCGCACUACAACAAGCGCUCCACCAUCACGUCGCGGGAGAUCCAGACGGCCGUGCGGCUGCUGCUGCCCGGCGAGCUGGCCAAGCACGCCGUGUCCGAGGGCACCAAGGCUGUCACCAAGUACACCAGCUCCAAGUAGAUUGUCUCGCAUCGUCAGUUUUAACCCAAACGGCUCUUUUAAGAGCCACCAAUUUUUUCAAGUAGAAGAGCUGAAAUGCUUUUAAUUUUUCUUGAGAGGUAUGUAAAUAGCCUGAGUGUGUUCAUCUGCGUGUUUAUUAAAAAUGUAAUAUAUUUUACUUUCUUGGGUAGCUGGGACGUACUGGCUUAAUUUCAAGGUGCGGUGGGGGAGUUAAAAGUUUAAAAAAGCGUGUUUAAAGUCUAUGCUGCUUGUUCUGGUCAUGAAUGUAACUGAAAAGCAGCGGAAACUUGUUUUUUGUGUUUUGCCAGCUGCUUUUCCGAAACUAAAAAGCUCUGAGGGAAAGGUUGGAAGUCUUUAAUUAUUUUAUACAUCUAGUACAAUAAUUAUAGAUGCUGAUCUCUCCCUUUAUAUGUACUGUGCCUGUAAAAUGUAUUAAGUCUUUAGUCUUACCUUUUUCAGUGAUAAUAAACACUUUAAAAACA